AUGCAACACGACGGAACCUCGUCGGCACCGACUGGACCUCGUCUGCAGUCGAGCUUUCUGCGGCAGAUGAACGGCCAGAUGAACGGCCAGAUGAACGGCGCUCACCAUGGCUUCUCCCAUGGAGCCUUCGCUACGAACCAGCCAGGCUAUGCCGACAGGCACCCUGAGAGGUCCAACAACAUGUCCAUCAACACUGGCAGGCUGAACCCUAGCAACCAGAAUGGCGCUGACAUGCAGACUCCUGGCACUGGAUACGACAUGAACUUCACCCCUCUGCUGCCUUCUCAGCUUCUUCUGGGCAGCCCUUUCCAACCCGGUUCUCCCUCAGCUUUCGCCUCACCCCAGUUCCAGAGCUUUGGCAAUUUCGCUGCUCAGAACCAAGCGCAGCAGAACAACCAGUCUAACCACAUGGGUAGCCCCUUGCAGCAGCCCCUUUCACCCCAGUUGUACCAGAGUCUCGUUUCGCCCACAAGCAUGAACGGGCCUGGUUUCUUUGCUGGUCCUCAGUCGCCUACUGGAGCUUUCGGUGGCUUUGGAGCUCAGGGUCUUGGUGGAUUUGGUUCUUCCAUGCCCAUUGCCCCAGGUCUGGUCUCUGGCACCAGCAGGACCGUCUACCUUGGCAACAUCCCCCCGGAGACAUCUGCCGAGGAAAUCCUUGGCCACGUAAGAAGUGGUCAAAUCGAGUCCGUCAGGCUCUUGCCAGACAAGAACUGCGCCUUCAUUUCCUUCCUCGACAGCAGCUCUGCCACCCACUUCCAUUCGGACGCCAUUUUGAAAAAGCUGUCGAUCCGCGGUCAGGACAUCAAGAUCGGGUGGGGCAAACCCUCGCAGGUGCCCACAUCAGUGGCCCUUGCCGUCCAACAGUCAGGGGCUUCCCGAAAUGUUUACCUUGGCAAUCUACCUGAGGAUGUCUCUGAAGACGAGCUGCGCGAGGACCUCAGCAAAUUCGGCCCCAUCGACACUGUCAAGAUUGUCCGCGAGAAAGCCAUUGGCUUUGUUCACUUCCUGUCGAUUGGCAACGCCAUCAAGGCUGUUGCCCAACUUCCCCAGGAACCCAAGUGGCAGGCUCCCCGCCGUGUCUACUACGGCAAGGACCGAUGCGCUUACGUCUCCAAGACUCAGCAGCAGAACGCUGCGCAGUACCUCGGCAUUGCUCCUGGCUACGCUCACGUUCUGAACGGUGCCGAUCGUGAUAUGAUCUCCAACGCUCUCGCUCAGCAAUCUGUGGCAGCUGCAGCUGUCGCGACAUCUGCUGGUGGUGUCAACAACUUGGGCAACCGUACUGUUUACUUGGGAAACAUCCAUCCCGAGACAACCAUUGAGGAAAUUUGCAACGUUGUCCGUGGUGGUCUCCUUCAUCACAUCAGGUAUAUCCCUGACAAGCACAUCUGCUUCGUAACCUUCAUCGACCCUACCUCUGCCGCAUCCUUCUAUGCGCUCAGCAACCUUCAGGGCUUGAUGAUCCACAACCGCCGUCUCAAGAUUGGUUGGGGUAAGCACUCUGGCGCUCUGCCGCCUGCGAUUGCACUGGCCGUCAGCGGAGGAGCAUCGCGUAACGUGUACAUUGGUAACCUUGACGAAUCUUGGACUGAGGACCGUCUCAGGCAGGACUUCUCGGAGUACGGUGAAAUCGAGCUAGUCAACACCCUCCGCGAGAAGAGCUGCGCUUUUGUCAACUUCACCAACAUCGCCAACGCUAUCAAGGCUAUCGAAGCCAUCCGAGGGCGCGAGGAGUACAAGCGUUUCAAGGUUAACUUUGGCAAGGACCGCUGCGGCAACCCACCUCGUCAGAUGAACAACAAUCAGUCUCAGGCCCAGCAAGCUGGUAGUGAUGGAUUGCAAUCACCGUCGCCUAUCAGCGGUCUGCAGCCUAACCGCGGUGUUGGUCCGUCGGUUUCACCAACUGGCUCUGGCGCCCCCGGCUCGGGAGGCAGUACCAACGGCCAGUUUCCUUCGGUCCAGGCACCUGCCCCGGCCAACAUCUUGAACACUGGCAACAACAACCCGUUGAUGAUGUACCUCCAGGCCCAGCAACAGCAACAACAGCAGGCCGAGGUUGGUCUUCAGCAGCAGCAACAGCACAACCAGCAGCAGCAGCAGCAGCAGCAACAGACUUAUCAGUCUCCCCAAGCUGCUUUCUAUGGCGCUGAUCUGAAUUCAACCUCGCAGCCCCACCACUCGCACGCAUCGCACAACAGCACCUCGAGCUUCAGCCUCAUGAACAGUACACCUAACGGCAACAACUCUGGUGCUACCACCGUUGGCGGUCUGCUUGCUCCCUCCAAUCUCAAUGCUCGUGCCCAGCAUUCUCGUGCUGUCAGCCUCCCCGUUUUCACCCAAGGUCCUUUCAACCAACCCCUCACGAGCCAAGCAACCCAGCAAGGCUCAUUCGGUAGCUUGAGCUCCGGCAUUGGUGGUUUCGGCAGCGGCAACGGUGGGUACGGCCUUGCCAUCCAGGGCGACGGUGGUCUGAACGGGUGGGCUGAAGAGGAAGUUGGUGCCCAGUGA